UCUUUCGGAUUCAACCAUUGACAGACAUGGAUUCAGCAACACCUCCAUGUUGUAGUAUGGAUGAUGAUAGUGAUGCUACUCGACUGUUUUUUAUCAUUCUGUCCACGCCUAUGCGGCUCUGCAGCACUAGUACUGGUGGAGAUCGCUUCCUUGCUGCUGUGUCUCGUCGCUGCAUGGAGAUUACGCUUGGUAGUUCCGCGGCAACGCUGCGGCAUUCCCAGUAACUGCUCGUGAGACGACCUCCAGAAGAGGCGGUGCCACAAAGAACGCGCCUGUGUUGCAGUAGCUGUGCACUAUGAGCGACGAAGACCCUGUGAUACAAACCAACCUUGAUGCCACCUUAAGCAAAAGGGAUGCGGUUACCAAAGGAUACUGGCACGACCCUUACAUACAGUACUUUGUCAAGGCGACGGAACGCAAAACACCAGAGAUCAGCCGCGGCUACUAUGCCAGAGUUCAAGGCAUCAAAAUGCUAUUGGACAAGUUCCUCAAGGUCUGUGGUCCCGAGUGCCAAGUCGUCAAUUUGGGUGCGGGAUUCGACACCUUGUUUUGGCGGCUCAUGGACGAGAAAGCGCAGUUUAAAAGCCUCGUUGAGGUAGACUUACCUGCGGUCACCACGCGCAAGUGCUACUACAUCCGUCUGCGCAAACAGCUGCUCAAGGGCAUUGCCACUGAAGACGACGAUGUCCGAGUCAACGCUUCGGACUUGCACGCUGGUCAAUACCACCUGGUGGGCUGUGACCUGCGAGAGCUUGAUGUGUUUGAAGCCAAGGUGGUGCACGAGUCUGGACUGGACCUUAAGCUACCUACAAUGUUCAUCGCCGAGUGCGUGCUUGUCUACAUGAGUUGCGAUGAGUCAUCGGCACUUCUGUCCUGGAUCACACGCAAUUUCCCAAAUGCCGUGCUUGUCUCCUAUGACCCUGUCAACAUGGACGACAAGUUUGCCGAGGUCAUGGUGGAGAACCUAAAGCAGCGCAAUUGCCUUUUAGCCGGGCUGCAGGCAUGCACUACCAUCAAAGCACAAGAAGAAAGGUCCCGCCAGUCAGGUUGGGAGGUGUGCAAAGUGUGGACUAUGAACCAAGUUUACCAGUCAUUUCCUGCCUCAGAAUUGCACAGGGUCGAGAAACUGGAAUUGCUGGAUGAAAGGGAGCUCUUGGAUCAACUGUUGUCGCACUACUGCCUCUGCGUAGCAUACAAAGGUGGAGGUGUACCAUCCAAGUUUGAGCAGCUGUGUUUCCCGCUCGACAACCACUGAUGUGCCAACUGAAGUAAAAGAAAGACCAGCACUCAUGGUUUGGCGCCUAUCCUGUCUGGGCAGCAUAUGUGGACAUUUCAGUUUGCCUAGGCAAAGGGAGCAGGUGGGGGAAACCCUUUCAUAGACAGGGAUGUGAGAAAACCUGCCACUAUGUGUUGCUGUGUGCUCACAAAUCCAGUAUCCCAGUGAUAAAUUUGUUGGUUAACAUGCAUCUGUUUCAUUACAGCACUCCAGUUCUGUUGGAAAGACGGUAGGUCUCCCAUGCUCUGCUGGGACUUGCUUGUUGGUGCAUGAGUUUUGGCUGUUGUAUAUUUUUUUUGUGGACCCACUACUGCACAGCCUGCUUAAUAUUUAACCUUUGUUUGAUCUCCGCAUCAUUCAACUUACAUGGUGCAACAUUGUGUUCCUGUGAGCAUUGGUGUCAUAGUCGUUAUUAAAACAUAUGUGAACAACUGA